GCAGUGUUUGACUUAAACCAAAUAAUGAGCCAAGGUAAUGAAAUAAGAAAAUGUUGAUAAAAUAAGACUAAGAUGAUUACAAUAUCAUUACACAUCACAAUAUACUUAUGUUCAUUUAACAUAGGCCGACUUACGACCAAAUCGGUUUACAAUCAGUCAGUCGUAACCAAACACAGUCGUAAGUCGAUGACUACCUGUAUAUGUAAAUCUCAUCUCAUUAUCUCUAGCCGCUUUAUCCUUCUACAGGGUCGCAGGCAAGCUGGAGCCUAUCCCAGCUGACUACAGGCGAAAGGCGGGGUACACCUGGACAAGUCGCCAGGUCAUCACAGGGCUGACACAUAGACACAGACAACCAUUCACACUCACAUUCACACCUACGGUCAAUUUAGAGUCACCACUUAACCUAACCUGCAUGUCUUUGGACUGUGGGGGAAACCGGAGCACCCAGAGGAAACCCAUGCGGACACGGGGAGAACAUGCAAACUCCACACAGAAAGGCCCUCGCCAGCCCCGGGGCUCGAACCCAGGACCUUCUUGCUGUGAGGCGACAGCGCUAACCACUACACCACCGUGCCGCCGUAUAUGUAAAUAAUUUAUUUUAAUUUAUCUAGAAGUUUUCUCUAUUUAUUUUCUCUGUUUAUCUGUAAUGAUGCUGCUGGAAUCUUAAUUUGUCUGAGGGAACCCGCCCAAAGGGAUCAAUAAAGUUUUAUCUAAUCUAAUCUAAUCUAAUCUAAUCAGAGAGCGGCCAGAAGCCGACCAGCGGAUGGCAACAGUGAGUACAGAAAUACCCUCACUGCUCUCUGUGCUCGUCUGAUUGAAGCUUUUCCCUUGAACAUAGACAUGACUAAGAUCAGUAUGUGUAAGCAAGAAGAUGGUGAAGUGGUGUCAGUGUUUCUCGCCCAUCUCACCGCUGCCCACGAGAAACACAGUGGCCUGACCAGACCCGUGACCCUGGCUGGAGUGGAAGGCACUCCUGAGGUCUGGGAAGCGCACCUGCGGAACAGUUUCAUGAACGGUGUGAAUCCAGCAGUGGCCAAGUCAGUAAAGCAGCUCUGUCUCCUGUGGGAAACCGCCAGUCUCACCAAGAUCGAGCAGUACGCUGUGCAUGCAGAAAGGCUGCUGAAAGAGAAGAAGAAGACAAAGUCAACACAAAGAGACCAAGACCUACACGCCGCCACUCUCACUCUUCUCCAGACUGCUCAGCCUGGACCUAGAGGAAGAGGUCGAGGUAGGGGCUGAGGCAGGAUGACCUGGGGUGACCCAUCCUGGAUAAAAGGCACAACCUGCUACAACUGCAAUCAGAAGGGACACAUUGCUCGAGAUUGUCUCCACAGUAGCAAACAGAGGCCCCGUGAGAAGUACAGCAAAGCAGACUGACGGGCGGACUCCGGGAAUGGGCCCCGCACAGAGAACAGGGAGGUAACACACACACACACACCUGAUGAUAUGCAUACACAUAGACAGGAACAUUCACAUAAUGUUAAACACAUUAGUAGCAGCACCUGCAUGCCACAGAAAGACUACACAGAAACGCCCAAUACACCAGUCCAGGUAGAUACACCUGAAGUUGCAUUAAGUUUGUUAAAAUACACAACUACUCCCUUCUCUAAACUCCCUUGUAUGCGGGCAUGCGUUGACUUUUUAGUAGAUUCUGGAGUGGGACACUCAGUCAUACAACAUAGGGUACUUCCAGUAGACCCACUGCUCAGUUCAAAUUAAAUUCAGACGAUGGGCAUCUCAAGACAACCUGUAACGGAAACUUUCUCAGUCAAAAGUGAGGGAGGAAUAGUUACGUCCCACUCAUUCCUCAUCUCACAUACAUGUCCAGUAAAUUUGUUAGCAUGCGAUUUAAUGUGCAAAUUAGGAGUAAAUCUCACGUCCACUCCAGAUGGACUAACUAUUCAUCUCAUCUCAUUAUCUCUAGCCGCUUUAUCCUUCUACAGGGUCGCAGGCAAGCUGGAGCCUAUCCCAGCUGACUACGGGCGAAAGGCGGGGUACACCCUGGACAAGUCGCCAGGUCAUCACAGGGCUGGACUAACUAUUGAAGUAAGUGAAAUGUGCGGUGUGCAGUAUGGUCUUGGAAGCCCCCUGUAUGUGUAUGUCUGGCGGGUCUGCUCAGAUCAACUCACACAAACUCCCAAACACCUUGUACAGCUUGCACACUUGAACACCUCAUCAGUUGACACAGAUUAUAUGAAAAAGGAAGAUUUGCAUUGCACAGCACAUGUUCACCAAGCGCAAGAUGUAGAUUUUGAAAAGACUUGGUGUGCAGACCCCCACGCACAUGAAAGAUUGACCCUCAAAACUACAUAUUGGUCGAAACAUUAUUGUGCUGUGCAGGUCCAUUUUACUCGUUGUCCGAACAACUGCAUCAAUGUUCAUUGCAGUGUUCUCAAACAUGUUAUACGUGGCCUCGUGUCAGAGGACUCUGAGGUCAGUUGCUGCCAGCAUGAUUUCUUUGACAUCGUUAAUUCUAUACCCCAUGUCUCAUUAGCAAAGCCACGAGCAGCCCAUUGGAAAGACGUGGAGAAAUGGGUCAAGAAGUGUGCAGUCAAUGGCAAUGAAUGGUCCCAAACAGAGGACCCUAGUGUGUUGUUUUGCCAAAAGCUUGGGGUCUACAAACAAAGUUAUGCUGUGUGUGUGCAUGUUAAGCACAGCGUAAUAUUAGCCACUGAUGACCAGGGUCCUGGGGACCCCGGCCAAAGUGGCCUGUUUGUCUCUGUUUCCACAGGCAUAACUCCAGCAGAGGUGCACCCCAAAUUGGCGGGAGUUCCAAAUUCCGUUUGGGUGAAGGGUAAACAUGAUGUAGGUCUAAUAAAGAAUGCUGAACCAGUGGUGAUCACCCCCAAAUCAGAUUUCAGGCUUAAACAGACCCAGUACCCACUCAAACCAGAAGCAAUCACAGGUAUAAGACCGGUCUUUGAUUCAUUGCUGAAGGCAGGUGUAAUUGUCCCUUGCCAGGACUCUCCAGUGCGCACUCCUAUUUUCCCAGUUAAGAAGGCAAGAAAACUGUCCCACCCCAAUGAGUGGAGGUUUGUCCAAGAUCUGCAAGCAGUCAAUGCUGAGGUUGUUCCGCGCGCACCUGAUGUCCCUAAAGAGCGCUCUGCAGACCACACGCACUCUGGGAUUGCCUGACCCCAAUAAACCAUUUGUUCAAACUGUAGAUGAAAAGAAGGGUUUCAUGACCUCUGUUCUUUUGCAGAAGCAUGGGGAUAGAUUAAGACCUGUAGCCUACUUCUCCAGCAAACUGGACCCAGUGGCGGCUGGACUUCCUGUUUGCCUGCGUGCAGUUGCUGCAGCUGAAAAGGCGGUAACUGCUUCCAGAAAUAUUGUGGGGUAUUCUAACCUCACCCUUUUGGUCCCACAUGCUGUCUCCCUGCUUCUGUUGGAGAAAAAGACGUCACAUUUGUCAGCACAGAGAUGGUUAAAGUAUAACACUGUCAUACUUGAUAUGCCUAACAUCAUUGUGAAACAUUGUUCUGUUCUGAAUUCUGCCUCUCUUCUCCCUACAGAGGAUGAUGGAGAACCACAUGACUGUGUCGUUCUCACUAACAAUUUUUGUUCCCCCAGGACAGACUUAAAGAGCGACCCUUUGGAAAAUCCAGACAUGGUCCUCUAUGUGGAUGGUUCAGCCUCCAGAAACCCAGAGACGGGAAAGAACAAAGUAGGUUUUGCCGUAGUGUCAGGUCACGAGGUCCUCAAGGCGUCAUGUCUGUCCUCAAACCUGUCGGCGCAGGCCGAGCCUGGAAACAGGCUGGCUGUAUCUGUGCAAACUCGGUCUGGGUUUGUCCCUCGGGCCUUCCCUGUCUACCAAAACACAUGUUCCCUUUCUAUGCAAAAUUGGCACAUGGGCUCAUCCAUGUGUCAAAAAGGGGGGAUGGUAGCAGAAGUAACAAAGAGAUGGUUCACAAAGGGGUUUUCAAAUUAUAUUGCAAAAUUUUGCAAGCAAUGCUUGAUAUGUGCACAACAUAAUGCAGGUCAAGGUAUCAAACUAACUCAAGCAGCACACCCAAUACCAGACAAACUGUUUGAUCAUCUCCAAAUGGACUUCAUUGAACUGACACUUAGUGAGGGAAAAUGGGUCCCUUAAAAAUAAACUAAGCAAAGCUUGUGCAGAAACAGGGCUAGGAUGGACAAAGGUCCUCCCUGUAGUGCUCACACAAAUGAGGAUGCAAACUAGGCCUAAACAUGGGUUAAGCCCAUUUGAAAUUCUGUUUGGACGAGUACCCAACAUGGGGAUAGGGCCACCCCAAGGAACACUGCUGGACACCAGACUGUGUGAUGAUGCAAUGUUGAAUUACUGUGCAACGUUGUCCUCUGCUUUGAAAUCUAUCCACAAACAGGUAAAAGAAGCACUUCCCAAGCCCGCUGAGGGACCUCUGCAUGAUCUACAACCAGGGGAUUGCAUAGUGGUGAAGGACUUCCAAUGAACCAAGUAGAACAAGCCACGGUGGAAUAGCCCAUUCCAGGUCCUGCUCACAACCCCAACAGCAGUGAAGGUCACAGGCAGAGUGACAUGGAUCCACGCUAGCCACUGCAGGAGGGUUCCUGAACUGACUGAGCAGGAGGAAGAGGAAGGCCUAAGUGACCCAGACGCUGACUAAAGCUUGUGAGGAAGAAAGGCAUCACUACAUGGAACAGUGUGAGUAUCACAUCAAUCAUGCAUGCACCCGAGAAUUAGUGGACACUGGAAGGUGUAACCCAUUAGGAGACAGGCUGUGGCUCCUUACCACGGACGAAGAGGUCAGGGUGACCGCUCCGGGAGGACAAUCCCAGCGGACAAAUCUGAAUGACACCAACGAGGAGAAAGAAGUGUUAAUUGAGUACAUCUUAGCACAGAACCCCAACCAUAAGGUGAGACAAGUGGUAAUCCAAGACUCAGGAGGAGAGGUAAGCGAUUAUCAUUUAGAAGGUGCCCCACAUGUCCGCUUUCCCACCUUGAUCCAAGCACGUGGCGAGCAAGUUCCACGGAACUGAGCAUGGCAGCACAGUUACGCUGUUGCACCCUCAGUAGAGUAUUUCAGUAUCUAGUCAGUAAACUGGUUUCAGAAGUCCCGAGUUUCUCCAAGUGAGGUGGGACAAGGGCUGAUGGGGCAUGCCCGCCCUCUGAGCACCAAUACACGUCAAGAAGGGCAAGGGUUAACUCGGAGACAUAGUUAACAUAAAAUGAAGGGGUAAAUUAUUAUAAGCUAGGUCCAGUCAUGGGCCUGAGCAUCCUGAUCCUGCUGGGGCUCAUGGGAGGAUUCGUGUGGUGGUCGAUACAGGGAACCCAGGCUGACACAGAGUCGAAGACAGUUGGUUUAGUGGAUGGAAGACUCUGAUUCUAUCCACCAUACCGGCCCUAGGUUUAAUGAUUGUGAUGCUAUGUUUGCUCCCUGUUUUCUGUCAAUGUUGUAUGUCUGUGUUUCAGAGGCAGCUGACAAAUAUUGGUUACCAGAUGGGAAAAUAGACCCAGUCGACUUGCCUGACUGGCCUCCAAACCCACACGAAGGCCAUAACCUACCGUUUGAUGACAUCAGCACAGCUGAUAUGAAAUUAGCCCUAGCUUAAAACACUCUCAUUUGUGGUUGUUUUUCUGUUCUAUUGUUUCCUGAUCUAUGUAUAUAGCUUUCUAGCAUUAACUUAAAGGAUAUGGGACAUGGAUUUUUUUCUGGGCAUAAUUAUGUAUAAAGGACAUAAGAAAUGCCAUCUAAAUCACUGCAGGGCGUCAAAAAUGUGAAAAUCAUCACAUUAUUCAAGUUUUUUUAUACAUCAGCGUAAAACAAGGAUUCGUUAAUGAGCUAGGUGGUCACGUGACCCGUGAUGUAACAAAAACUUUCCAAGGAGCCAGCGCUUGGGAAUCUAAUGUAAACAGGUUACCGAAAUGGACACCAUCGACAGUGAUAUUCCCGAUGUUUCACAGAGAUGUGAAGUUAGACCCUAUCAAUUCGAACCGAUAGCUGGAAAUUCACAUGAACAUGGAUCUUGUCUUUACUCUGAUGGGUCAGAUGAUUCUGAGUGAGAGUUCAUUCAAUCCCCAUGAAACUGAAAGCGGUCGGCUCGAUAACACUUCCUGGUAAGUUAAAAACAAUUCUGCUCAAAGGCUAAUGAUCUGUUGAAAGAAGUAUUAUUUUUGUAUCAUACAUUGAAAGUUCAUCAUAGAUCUAGCUAAAGUCCAUUGCAAGCUAGUUUUUUUUGGCUGAUAUUUUUUGAGAUUGAUUGAGAUACAAUGCUUCCAAAGUCUGAGAUGAAAACAUUCAAAAUGGCGAAACGAGUCAGAAUUAUGAUAAUCAAUAAUUGAUACACCCAAAAUUAUAAUACUAAUCCUUACCUCGGCUUUCAGUCGCUUAGCGAAUGCACCUCGUAAUGGCCGUAGCACUUCGGGUUUCACUCUUCCGUCUUGUUCCUGAAUUGGGACGUUGGGAAUGGCUCCAUCUUUAAGUAGCCUCUUAAAUUUGGCUUGGCAAUUAAUAUCGCUCAGUACCUGAGUAUUAAUGUUGAAAGAAUCCUCAGUGAAAUGGUCCUAACACAAUUUGUGGGAAACAGUAGGUGCAAAGUUUUUUCAACAGGUGUUCUGUAAAGUUAUCCUACCUCUUGGAUUUGUCCUACUAAGCCUACUGCGCAUGCGUGAAGCCUACUGCGCAUUAGUGAUGGGAAUUUCGGCUCUUUUUCGGGAGCCGGCUCUUUCGGCUCCCAAACGGCUCCUGAGAUUUUAUUUUUGAUUUAAUUGCUGCAAUUAACUAGUUAAUUAAUUACAUUAUUAUGUGAAAGUCUCUCUCUCUCUGAGGCACCUAAGGACAAAAAACUAAUUCGGCUCCCCAACUCGGCUCUCACCGAAGAGCCGGCUCCCAUCGUUCACUUCAAAGAGCCGGCUCUUUGAACCGGAUCGUUCGCAACCGACACAUCACUACUGCGCAUGCGCAGGUGAGCCCACACUUUCCUCAGCUUCGGGUCCUUGGGGAAUGCAAAAAAACUUACUCCAGGGCAUUUCCCAUUGGAAUUAUUGCAACCAUAAGCAGCACAAUACACCAUGAUGUUCAAUGUACGUUAAAGACUAUAAAAACAAUUUUCUUGUCAUCCACUUCUCCAUUCAUCUACCCGCUUGUGCUGUGCCCGAAAGUUUUUAUGACGUAUGAUCACGUGACAGCGGCUCUUCCGGUUGUAGAAAAUGCAUAUCAGAAGUCGAGCAGAAAUGCCAUAUAAUCAUCACGAAUAUAACGAUUUUGCUGAAUUUAAUAGAUGAUUUUGUAUUUGUUGAUGCAAUUAAUUCAUAUUUUUAAUGGAAAGAAACUGAUAUAGCGUGCAUUUAUGUUUCAUGUCCCAUAUCCUUUAAGAUAUCUAUGUCUUACAAAACAACCUUAGCAUUAUCCCUGUACACUCAAUGACGUGUUAAGUCGAAUAUCUCUGGGAACUCCUACCACUGAAAUUGUAUACAUUUCUUUCUUUUAGCAAUUAUUAUCCUGUAGGAUAAAAAGGGGGGAAAUGUGAAGGAAAUUUAGUGAAAGAACAUUCCUAUUCUCUGUGUUUCUGUGUGUUGAGCUCAAGUGGCCUAGUGUACUGAGAAAAGUUGUUUUUCCACAUGCUGUAAAUCGCCUUUCUGUGGCCUUGGCUGGUGAUAAGCAGCAUAUCUGAGUUCCUGCACAUACCAGAGCAUGCCAGGUGCACACUUUAACAAAGCUUCAUAGAAAAUCUUGAGCCAAUCACGUGAAGACGCGAGCAGUAAGCGAAUGCCUUUAGAGUAUAAUAGAUAACAGCCACUAAAACACAACUCAGAGUGCACAUACUCUCUGCAUCACUGAAGUGGUGUCUUCUUCUCUUCUUCUUCUUUUUUCCUUUCCUAUUUUAUAUCUCUGUUUUAUAUGAUCUACUAUAAUAAAUAACUGAAAAGACAACUGCUAAGCGUUCUGAUGUGUUUAUUAGAAGUUUCCAUUCCAGUGGCCAUCCAUCAAGGAGGACGUCCAGAGGUUUGUGGCAGCUUGCGACAUCUGCACCAGGAACAAGACUGGCAACAGACCCCCACCGGCCUGCUGAGACCCCUUCCUGUUCCCCACCGGCCCUGGUCACACAUAGCCCUGGAUUUUGUCACAGGACUCCCCAAAUCAGUUGGCAAUACUUGUAUCUUCACUGUUGUCGACCGUUUUUCUAAAGCUGUUCAUUUUAUCUCUCUCCCCAAGCUUCCCACUACCAAGGAGACCGCCAAAUUACUCAUACUCCAUGUUUUCCGUCUACACGGACUCCCCUCAGACAUCGUAUCAGACCGUGGACCCCAGUUCUCUGCCCAAUUCUGGAAGGCUUUCUGUAAACUCAUUGGUGCUUCUCGCAGUCUGUCUUCAGGUUUUCACCCUCAGACCAAUGGACAGAUGGAACGGUUGGCCCAGGAGCUGGAAGUGGCUCUUAGGUGCAUGGUGUCCAAGGAUGCUGCCUCCUAGAGCAAGACCCUUCCUUGGAUAGAGUAUGCUCACAACUCCUUACCCACCUCUGCUACAGGUCUUUCCCCCUUCCAGUGCUCUCUGGGUUACCAGCCACCACUCUUCCCCAUCCAAGAAGAAGAAGUCGCUGUGUCCUCUGCCCAGAUGUUUGUGCGCCGCUGCAGGAGAACAUGGGCAUUGACCAGGAAAAAGCUCCUACGUUCUGUCAAGAUGUUUAAAGAGCAAGCCGACAAACACUGCACGGCAGCUCCCAUCUAUUGGGUGGGGCAGCGGGUAAUGCUCUCCACUCGCCACUUGCCCCUCAAGACAGUCUUCUGCAAAUUGGCUCCCAGGUUCCUAGGACCUUUCCCCAUCUCCAAGGUUCAUAGAUGGUGGUGAGGUCUUCAUGGUCAGGAGGUUGCUGAAGGUACAACGCCAAGGCAGAGGACUCCAGUACCUGGUUGACUGGGAGGGGUAUGAUCCUGAGAAGAGGAACUGGGUUCCUGCCAGGUUCAUCAUGGAUCCCACCCUCAUCAUGGACUUCCAACAACAACACCCUGAGGCACUUUCUAAGGCGCCUGGAGGUGCCCGUUGAAGGGGGGGGGACUGUCACAGUCCGGUCCAGUCCAUCCAUGCCUUAGAUUGUGGGACUUCCAUGUCGGCUCCAGGCCAGAUCCAGGACAGGAAUUCAGUCCUGCCUUGCUGAAGGCCAUUUCCUGAAGUGGCACUCCCACACCUGCUACCACUCCUAUCCCAUUAGCCAGGGCUGUUUAAGAACUGUUUGAAGCUACUCCAUUUGCCAGACUGUCUCUUGUAGACUUUCCUCACCUUGCUACAGCUCAUUGGUAUUGUGUCUUCUUGAUUCCCCCUGCCUGAAUUUCUCCUUGUUUUUUUGUCAAGUUUUUCUGUCCAGUUUUUUGUCCCUGUUUUUGCCUGCCUGUUCUUUUGGAUUGUGUCUUUUUCUACCUCUGCCUGGAUUUCCCUUGUCCCUGUGUUCAUCAGUCUUUGUGAAGAUAUUUCUGUCCUGUUUUUUGUCCCUGAUCAUGUCUACCUGCUCCUUUGUGUUUUUAACCUCCUGGCCUGUUUUUUUUGACUACUGAUUUUUGCCUGAGCCCUACUGUACCUUUUGCCUUUCUGCCAUCUACUUCAUUAAAGAAGUUUUCUCUUUACACUGCCUGUUUUCUGAGUCUGCUCUUGGGUCCUCACUUCACCUCAGCUUGCCACCCCUGACAAUCUGAAUAUAAGUUUACAUGAAACAAUUAACAUUUUAUUUCUAGUCCUGUUUCUAUCUCAGUGUUCUGUUUUUUUUUAGCCCACCUCAAUGGAAAACUAAUUUAAUUGAUAUUAAUCCUAUUUUCUGUAACUGCCUGUUUCUCUUUAGUU